AUGUUAUCACUGAAAAAUGUGUCCUUUUUCCAAGCUGGGAUUGGAAUCUUAGCCAACGCCUCCCUCCUUGUCUUCCACAUCAUCACAAGGCAUAAUUUUCACAGGCCUAGGCCAACAGACAUUACCAUUUGUCAGCUGGCUUUUGUCCACCUAGUGAUGUUACUUAUCAAGCUAGAUAUUUCAUUUGCCAACAUGUUCAUAUCAUUGGAUUUUCCAAUUGAAUUAAAAUGUAAGAUUUUCUUCUACUUGAGUAGGGUGAUGAGGGGUCUCUCUAUGUCUACCACCUGUCUUCUGAGCAUCAUUCAAGUCAUCACCAUCAGUCCAAACUCCUACUUGUCAAGAUUUAAACCUAAACUCACAAAACAUGUUCUCAUUGCUUUCUCCUGCAUUUGGUCCCUUAAUCUGUGUUCCAAUAGCAUCUUGGUCAUCUACACUGUGGCUCAUUCCAACAGGACCAAUCUACUCAAUGUCAGUAAGUACUGCUCACUUUCCUCAAUGAACUCUGUCAUAAAGAAACUAUUUUUCAUGCUUGGGUUAUCACAGAGUGCCUUCUUUGUGGGGCUCAUGCUGCUCUCCAGCAUGUACAUGGUGAUUUUCUUAUGUAGCCAUCAGAGGAAGUCUGAGUACCUUCACAGCAUGAGCAUUUCCCCAAGAAUCUCCCCAGCCAAAAGGGCCACCCAUACUGUCCUAGUGCUGGUGAGUUUCUUUGUGAUUAUGUACUGUGUGGAUAUUACCAUCUCAUCCUUCUCAACUGUACUGUGGAAAUAUGACCCAGUUGUCCUGGAUAUCCAGAGUCUUGUGGGAAAUGUCUAUGCCAGUGUGAGUCCUUUGGUUCUUAUUAGUUCUGAUAAAAGAAUAAUUGAUAUUCUGAAGAAAACAUAA